AUGCCUCGUAGAUUGAGUCAUGGAAAGCCAAUAUCACCUGAACGAUUCAAAUCAGACACCGCGAUUAAGAAAUUGGAAAUUGCAAAUUCGAAAAAAAUUCGUCAGCUAUGCAAAUGUCUUAUAUUAUCAGAUGAAGCUUUAAAAAAAGUUAUGAAUGAAAUGGCUGACAAAAUGGAGAAAGGUUUAAGCGAUCAACCGGACAUAAAAUCGCCUCUGAAAAUGCUGCCAUCAUUCGUACGCUCACUACCAAAUGGCAGCGAACGCGGCGACUACCUUGCUCUUGAUUUAGGAGGUACAAAUUUUCGAGUACUUUUGAUCAGAUUAAAUGAUCGUGGAGCUGAAAUGAGUGGAAAAAUUUAUUCUAUACCAGAUGCUGUCAAGAAAGGAAGUGGAAUAGCGUUGUUUGAUCAUAUAGCUGCAUGUAUCGCAGAUUUUCUGGAUGGAAAAGAUUUAAAAACAACAAAAUUACCUGUUGGAUUCACAUUCUCAUUUCCAUGCUUGCAAGAAACCAUUAAUGUUGCCAAAUUAAUUUCAUGGACAAAAGGUUUUAAUGCGAGCGAUGUUAUUGGAAAUAAUGUCGUGCAACUUCUGCAUGAAGCAUGCUUACGUCGAAAACAAUUUGAGGAUCUUAACGUCGAAAUUGUCGCUCUACUUAAUGAUACCGUCGGAACUCUGAUGGCAUGUGCUUUUAAAGAGAAUUCUUGUGAAAUUGGUGUAAUACUUGGUACAGGCUCCAAUGCAUGUUAUAUGGAAAAGAUCGAAAAGUGUCCGAAACUUAAAGCACUCGAAAAUGAUGAGUAUCCAAAAGAGAUGAUUAUAAAUAUGGAAUGGGGCGCACUUGGUGAUGAUGGCGGUCUCGAUUUUGUGCGCACUCGCUAUGAUAUAUCGGUUGAUAAAUAUACAAUAAAUCCUGGCCGCCAAAUGUUUGAGAAAAUGAUCUCAGGUAUGUAUUUGGGUGAGAUUGUUCGACAUGUUUUACUCCAUCUCGCCGAAGAAAACGUUCUUUUCAUUUAUGGCAGUUACGAUGCGCUUAAUCAACCCUAUUCGUUUCCAACAAAAUACGUUUCCGAAAUUGAAAGGUCACACUUUUGA